CUCCCCCAGCCCAAACAGCGCGGCCCAGCAGCAGGCCGUGGUCUCCUCAGCGAGGCGGGGCUGUGUGGCGUCUCGCCUCCCUGGGGGCAGGCGCUCGGAGCCCGGGGCCGGCUGUGGCGGCCAUGUGGCGGAGCGGGCGGGCGGCGGUGGCCGUGGUGGGGCUGCCCUGCUGUAGGGCGCUGCGCAGCUCGGCCCCUGCCUGCGGCUCCAGGAAUCUGCUGAAGAAAAUGCUGCACAAGAAGAAAAAGAAGUUUUGGUAUGACAGCCCAGCCCUGGGGUCUAAAAUGAUGUAUGAGCCAACCAAGUUGACCUCUGUAGUGAAAGGUGACCAUACAAAAACUAGGAAAGAAGAUACCAUACGCUGUAGAGUCUUGAAUAACCUUAUUCAUAAAGCUGUGUCAGAGAUGAUGAGUACCGGUGAAGUUAAUCAAGAACUUUAUGACCUCAAGCUGGAAAUCUGCAAGGUGUCCCUGGCAUCAAACUUUUCAGCAUGUCGUGUGUAUUGGAAUCCUGCUGCUAUUACAGAGAAUGAAAGUUAUGUUGAAAGUUUACUGCAGAAGAGUGCUCCACGUAUACGGUAUCUCCUGAUGAGUCAGCAAAUUUUAGGAAAUGUACCCCCGAUAGUAUUUGUAAAAGACAAAGAAGCUGCGGCUGUAAAAAAGGUUGAGGAAUUAUUAUCAAUUGCUGAUUUUGGACCUGAAGAAGAAAAAGUACUAUCUCAAAAUGAUUCCAGUGAAUCAUUCUCUUCAGCAACUCAAUCUUCUGAUUCACCCAUGCGAUCUAAUCUUUUUGGUAUUGAUCAUGAAUUGCUGAAUAAGCAGAUAAUGGACUACAAAAGACUGAAAGUGUCAAGAGAUACAGAAGGCAUUUGCCGGACACAAAAACAGGAGCAGCAGCUGUCAAAGAUUCAAAAGAAAAUGAAAAAGAAAAAAAUGAGGAAUCCUCCUGAUGAUGACAUCACACCACAGAAAUACUUAAUGGACAGAUCCGAAGCUGAUUAUUUGGAUGAUAACAAUGAUUCAAUUUCAGACUAUGAGAUAGAAGAUGAAUUACAGGAAGGGGUAAAUGAAUUGGAGGCAGGUGAUGGCGAAACUCAAAGUCAGCCUCCUGUUAAACUGAAAUGAAGUGGAAAAAGACACUGUUUAAAAUGGAUGUUGACAAUGGUAAACAUAAUUAAUUAAUUAACUAAAACACUGAAGGAUUACUUUUGUAUAGCCUGUUUACCACUUUCUCUUUCAAAAAAGAAGUUUGCCACACAUGGAGGUUUGCUAGCACAAGAUGGUGUGUAAGAAAAGUUAAAAUGGUGUUUGUGACGUUCUGUUAAGCAGCUUUAAAGCAGAGACAGUUGUAGUGAUUCCAGCUAGACAGCAGUUUUUAAUUACAAAACAUACAUAGUGCAACACUGUAUGCUAAAACUUCUUGCAACUGUGUUAUUUCCAAUAAAAUUAUUGCUUCCGUGAAGAAA